AUGGCCGAGCCAGAAGUCCGUAUAAGUAAUGCGCCCGAAGAGUCCGCCGAUGUGGAAAUGCAGGGCGGCGACGACGCUGGAGCUGAGACUGGCGUCGCUGAUGCGCAAGGAGAGGAGGAUACCGAAAUAUCGCAACUAAAACCACCAAGACAGACUUUCGUCGACUCACCAAGCCCUUCUCGCCCAUUCACCCUUCUUCGCCGCCUCCAUCUCCCCUCCAAUACGUCUAUAUCUCUUCCCGACACCGAUCUUGAAGCCACCUCCGCUGUUCUCGAAUACCUCUAUACAGGCGAAUACUUCCCGCACAAACUCUCUAACAAUAAUCUACAGACUGACACUUCGAUCCCCGCGACAGACGAAACAGGCGACCAGCUCCUCAAACAUGCAAAAGUCUAUACACUGGCGGAGAAGCUCGGCAUGCCCGCCUUACGAGCAUUAUCGCACAGUAAGAUACAUUUGGUGAAUAGUAAUGCGGUGGCGGAACUGGCGUAUGCAAGGUACGUGUACAGUCAUACGGAGAAGACAGACUCGACGAUUAGGAAGCCAGUGGCGAGUUUCUGGGGCCAGAGAAGUCAUGUCCUCAGACAUGAGACUGAAGGCACGUUCAGGGAGAUGUGCCUUGAAUUCCCAGAGUUUGCGUUUGAUGUGUUGAGCUUUGUGCUGGAUGCGGAGGAGAGGCGGGAGGAGAGGAAGAGGAAGAGUACUGCUGGGGAGGAGGGCGCGGCUCAUGGAAGCGGCCGGAAAAGGGCAAGAGGGUAG